UUCCUGACUGCGAGUAGAGAUCGAAGGGGCUGGGCCCACAGUGGAGAAAUGGCGAGAAUGGUGGACGAGAACGGCCGUGGAGCGGAAAUACAGAACCCAGAGCCGCAGGGACCGGGCCGGGGGUCGGCUAGAUGGGGUCCGCAACACGCCGGUGCGCGAGAACUGGCCAAUUUAUACUCACCAGGCAAAAGAUGUCAAGAAUGGAUCAGUGUUGUCCUCUGCUUCUCUCUCAUGGCCUUCAACUUCAUUCACCUACUUGCCAAUUUCCAUCUGGGACAUUUGUGGUACAUCCUGCUGAGCAUCGUGGCAGGAAUACUCACCGCAGACUUUGCGUCUGGACUCGUUCACUGGGGGGCUGAUACAUGGGGAUCAGUGGAUCUCCCCAUCUUUGGAAAGGCCUUUAUACGACCAUUUAGAGAGCACCACAUCGACCCCACAGCCAUUACCCGUCACGAUUUCAUUGAGACCAAUGGUGACAACUGCAUGCUGACCCUAGUCCCUCUAGCAAACAUGGCCUUCAACUUCCUCACGCUCUCCCCCGCGGAGAUUUACCAUAUCUACCCCUGGUACUGCUACUUGUUUGCACUGGCCAUCUUUGUGACCCUUACCAACCAGAUUCACAAGUGGUCGCACACGUACUUCGGCCUGCCUCGCUGGGUGGUGCUCCUACAGGACUGCCACAUCAUCCUCCCCCGCAAGCACCACCGCGUCCAUCACGUCUCCCCUCAUGAGACGUACUUCUGCAUCACGACAGGUUGGCUGAACUACCCUCUGGAGAAGCUGGGUUUCUGGAGGAACCUGGAGGAUCUUAUCCAGGGUGUGACGGGGGAGAAGCCCAGAGCGGACGACCUGAAAUGGGCUCAGAAAGUCAAGUAAAGCGGCAGGCUAACUGCACCCUACCUCAGAAGACGCUGGUUCCGUCCAGCUCAUCCCCUUUUUUGCCUCCCUUAAUCCAUAAGAGGAAAAACUAACAAACAAUUUCUGAUGCCAUAGCUUUAAGUCUUGCACAUUUUGUCUGUUUUUCAAGAGGAGGGCUCUGCUGAUGGAUUUUUUCAUUCCUAACUCGUGGAGAUCAUCAUUUCAAAUUGCAAUAUAACCUUAUACUCUUCGUAUUCCACACACAACUCAUCACUUAUUUCGAGGUGAUUUACAAAGGGGCUUUGGUUGGAAGGUAUGGUCAGAUACAGAAUUUGCAAUCGCUUUCCAUCGAGAUGAAAACAUUUCCCUCACGUCAGAAAAUUCAAACGGUUCCGAGAAAGAAUACUUGAAAGAGUGAACCCUCACAGCUGUUUCUUUGGAGAGCUGAUAAAUGGCGUUAUAUUUAGCACUGCUUUAUUUUCUCUGGAUCAGUCUUUGCAUCUCUUUCCAAGGGUCUACUUGAUGUGCAAGUAAUAAAAUUGGAUUAAGGCCAUGGUGAGUAGGGCUGGGGUGAUGCAGGAGUUUUGGAAGCUUUACCAAUGUCAAAAGUUAAAGUUAAGUUCAUUAAUUGCUGUUACAUUUGUUGGCCUCUCGCAUGUUUGAGUUUAGCUGAACACUUUUGGGACUAUUUUUCAAAGAGAAGUGAUGAAAAGAUGUUCAUGAAUUAGAUUUUUUUCAACUAAAGUCCAUCAUUGUUUGAAGUAGCUUGCUACGAAUCAAGAUGCAGCCAUAUUGAACAGUUUAGUCAUGGACUUGUCAGUCUGAGACAAUGACUACAGUAACAGCGGAAGAGUCGAAAUCUUCCCAUCAGGAUGAAAAAUGACGUGUGCAAAAACAGGUUUUAAAGCAAACAAGCCAAAAAGUAAAAACAAACCAAAUUGCGCACAUUGCUUUCAGAUCCUAACCCGGCAUUUGGAUGUUGGAUGUUAUCUGGCCGUUGAAGCACUCUGCAUCUAGAUUUCUGAUCGUAGAAACAGAGAAGAUGAGUCAUUUUCAGCCUAAAUGAUUUGAUCGGUCACAUUGAAACGUGUGUAACUGUAGUCAGCGCUGAUGCCGGGCCAGUAGAAAACCUGGGCGCAUGCACACGUCUCAUGCUGCCUUUGUGCUGAGCCAGUCUGGCCCGACUCAGACGUCCCCUCAGAUCGUCACGUGUCCCCUGUGAAAAGCAUUCUUAGUUUUUAUUUGAACUCCCGGGUAAACAGACAGUUUCGCAAGAAGGAGGCACAUGCAGUUUAAUCAAGCUGCCUUACACCCCACAGAUGCAGUACUUGUGUCUUUUCUUUGUCGUUUUGUUUCGUGCAGCACUAAUUCUGUCUUUCUGGGAUUUGUGUCUCAGCUAAUCAGACACAGAUAUUCUUAUUACGUGCCAACUGUGUGUAACAUUGUUUUCACUUCCCCACAUUUUGCUAUUCUUUUGUCUCGUGGGAACAGGAACAGUCCGUUUCAGAGCGUAACAUUCCCCGUGAGUUAUGUUACCGUCUUGGUAACUGUGACACAACAGACUUGGUGAUGUCACAAGGGCUUCGGUGAAGGCUGACGAUCCAGGAAUUUCUUCACUCCUAUAGAUGAGAUUAUGUCAUUAAUUGGUUGAGAGUUUUUUAACGCUUUAGUCAGUCGUUUGUAAAUGUAUUGUACAGCUAAUAACUAUGCAGUUUAAUAAGAGGCCCUUAACUAUACGUCUUAACUCAUCGGAUUAGGUUCAAAUGCCUUUCUUUUUCUAAUUGUUUACACACAUUUGCUAAACUGGAGCUCAAAAAUUUAGCUGCUCAGUAACCUGCAUGACAAAAUGACUUUCACUAAUUAAGAUGUCACUUACGCAGACGUAAGAACGCGUGCAUGCAUACAGCAUGUCGGCUUGUGCAAGCAAUACACCGGGUCACCAGCUUUCCUUUGAGUUUUCGCAAGGCGGACGCUGACAAGGGAGGAUUGUGCUCGCUCCAGACGAAAUUAAUUGUGCUGCCUUCAAAAGAUGACCCAGGUUUGAGCCACCAAAAUGUUGUCUUCAUUCCAAGGAAACCCUGGCAAAGGUUUUCAGGUUUAGACGGAAGUGGAAGUUGCUGUUCACGUGUGUUGAGCAGGUUAAAGGCUGAACCAUGAAGCUUCUGGUGUUAUACUCUAAAAGUAGACAAUUAAAUGACAGUAGUAGAUAAUUUCUAAGCCAAAAUUCUAUUUUAUAUCAUGUAAUAUUCCAGUUUUUGAAUCCUUCAUACUUGAUUAUAUCAAAUGAUUCACCAUAGGUCAACAGCAGAAGUGCAGAUUGCAUAGUGCUUGUAGAGUAUUGUAAGAAGCGGUUUUGUUUGCACUAGGUAGCCUAACGUGUGCUGGUAAAUGGAUGCCGCUAUGUGUCACUGCAUCAAAGUUUAAGGCUUGCGUUCAAAGUUCUACUCCUGUAGAUUUUUUAAAAUCAGUAUUAGGCAAAAUGUUGUUGGGGCCUGCUAACUGCAGUCAGUAGACACAUUUGACCUUUGACACACAACUUAUUUUCGAAAUAAGAAUUUUGGCGUUGGAUCUACUGGAUGUUUCGGCGCUGUAGUAAAUGGCUUGUUGUGAUAAUAUAAAGGUAAUGGCAGUUUUAAGGAUGUUUUGUGUUUGUGUAAUACUGCAAAAUAGGACAGUAGCUAAGGAUAACAGACGUACUACCAUUAUUGUAAGAUUGACAUAAUUCAAAACCUUACCCACCAUAAUAAUCUCUGUUUGGAGACAGACAGGCUAUAAUUGCUAUUUAUGGCCGUCAGAGUCUGGUUGCAUCAACUUAUUCUUCAUUCUUAUUCUCCAGAUGAUCUCAGGAUUGUGGUUAGUGAUUAAAAUAGUUCAAUAUAAAUUUGUGGGUAAAAACCAACCCCCCCCCCCAUCAGUGAUGUGAAGACCGUUAUUUAGUAGAUUCGAGUUGUUUAAAUCAGUCAGUCUCCAUCAAAUAUGUGGUCCACAGAAGUCGAAUGAUUUUAAACGCAUUAUAUUUUCUAUUGUAGCCAUAUAUCAGUAGAGUUAACUCGGCCUCCUGUUAUUGAGGCAGACUUUGUGAUUCCGCUGUGUCCGGUUUUUCUGCUUCGAGACAAUGGGCUUUCAUCAGCGGAUCUGAAGGGUAUUUUGUGAUGAUGUGUGGUAAACUAAAUAUUUUCCCACUGAGGGCAUUUUUGUGAAAGCAGAUGAACUUGUUAAGUGGCGUGGGCAGUUGUCGUUGGUAUGUUUGACAUGCUGUGUUGAAAUCACUUUUGUAAUGAUCCUUGGACUUUUUAUUGAAUUGCCUUAUCCUCUCCUUGAUUGAUUUACUUAAAUCUUGCCAGCGACGUGGGAAAAGAAUUUAUUGACCGACUUUAUAUUGCCCUUCACUUGCUUCUCACUUCUUCUGAGGCAAGACCCAUAUGGAUGUUGUAGUUGGUUAUGUAUGCUGGUGGUGAUGGAGUUUUAGAUAUCAGAAUAAUGCCUUGAUGCCUUUUUGUUGUCUUCAAUUUGGGAGACUAACAAUGUACAUAUUAAACUGUAUUUAUAAGAAACUAAAUAAACGGUUGAUAAUUA